AUGACGCCACCUCUCAUGAUGGAAGCCCUGAUGGAAAGAGGGGAAGUAUUGAGUGUACAACCAACUGUGAAAAAAGGGAAGACGGAAGCGAAAAACGUCAUCUUAUUCUCUGACAAGGACAUAGCAAGGUUGCAAAACCCUCACAACGACGCGCUAGUGGUUACUCUACACAUCAAGAAUUUUGACAUCAAGCAAAUCUUGAUAGACCAAGGGAACUCGUGCGAGAUAAUGUACUAUGGGACCUUCAAACAACUCAAGUUGGAGGACAAAGAUUUAGCACCCGCGACAUCUCCCUUGGUCGGUUUCAACUCUAUACUAGAAUGGUUAGUUGGUAAAAUAAUUUUGCUAGUCAAAGCUGGGACAAUGACGAAGCAAGUGGAAUUCUGGAUGCUGAAAGUCCCUUCCACUUAUAACAUUAUUUUGGAAAGAGCAUGGUUGCACGCUAUGCAAGCGAUAGCAUCAACCUACCAUCAGGUGAUGCAAUUCCCUAAUGAAGAUGGAAUGAUUGAAGAAAUCUUGGGAGACCAAAUCAUAUCCAAACAAUGCUUCAUGACGUUGAAUAGCAACCGGGCUGCCAAAGGGUUCGUGUAG